GCAUGGAACGAAGAGCAGAGGAAGUCACAGAAGAGACACCAGUAGAUGUUUCUACUGUUUCUACUCUACUGUCUCCAUUAGGAUAUGGGCUUCUGUCAUUUUGGAUGCUUAUUGUCACUCUUCUCUCUGUCUUCUGUAACUCUCUGGUUAUCGCAGUAAUGUUACGGAACCGACAGCUUUUCCUCCCCACAAACGUCCUCAUUCUGGGUCUGGCCAUCUCUGACUUGCUCAUGACCCUCUGUGGAUCAGCUGUUGGCACUGUGACCAACUACUAUGGGCAGUUCUUCAUGGGGAGAGAACUCUGCGUCUUCCAAGGAUUCGCAGUCAAUUACUUUGGUCUAGUCUCCCUGUGUACACUAACUCUGAUGGCUUAUGAGCGCUACCACAUAAUAUGCAAGUCCAUGGGUGCCUUCAAGAUAACAUGGCAACGUAAUGCUAAGGGUCUACUUCUAGUCUGGUUCUACUGUCUGUUCUGGGCCACAGCACCCUUGCUAGGCUGGGGCUCCUAUGGCCCCGAAGGAGUCCAGACCUCAUGCUCUCUGACCUGGGAGGAGCGCACCUGGGUCAGCUACAGCUUUCUGAUCCCGUACUGGUUCUUCUGCUUCUUUCUGCCAACGUGGCUGAUCAUCUACUGCUAUUACCACAUACUGACCUCCAUUAAAAAGGUAAGGAUAGAAAUAAACGAGAACAGGAUUCUGAGUGGUAUUUCGGGCAAUUUUUUUUCAUCUCCACAUGUGUACCUGUGUAUAGCUGAACCAGAGUGUGGAGAAUCAGGGAGGCAGAUCACGGCAAAAAGAGGACAGACAAGCUAGUGCAUGGUGGCUGCCAUGAUUGGUUCCUUCUUCCUCUGUUGGCUGCCUUACGCUAUUGUAUCCAUGCUUGUGAUCCUCGUGCCAGAUAUUUCCAUAUCCCCACUCCUUGCCUCCAUGCCUGCCCACUUGGCUAAGACCAGCCCUGCAUACAACCCCAUCAUCUUCUUCCUGGCCAAAAAACAGUUCCUGGACAUGGCCUUGGAGAUUAUAUCAUGUGGCUGCUACAGCCCUACGUUUCCCACGUCAAGCAGUGCCAGAGAGGAGGAAAUAGUGGAGACUGGCUCCAAACGGCUGAGUCCUAACGCCAUUCAACCUGAACCUCCACUGACCGACUGA